GGCUCAAGGGAGGACUGUCAAUCAUUCCUACAGCACCUGCGCGCGCCUGAGCCAUUAAAUGAGCGCAGCUUGACGACUGCGCGUGAACUCAGAAAACCCUUCUGGAUAUCCGUUCGUUUUCAGCGGCCUGAGGCAGGAUGGAAGAAGCAGAACUCUUAAAGGAACGCAUUCAGGCCAUUACGAAUAAGAAAAAAAUCCAAGAAGAAAUUGCCCACAAACGGCUUGAAAUUGACAGAGAGAAACUAAAGCUUCAACAUGUCAAGAAAAGGUCCGUGAGAGAUCUGUGGCUCAUGGAUGGGAUGAACAGCAGUAAUGCACAGGAAACACAAAAAGCUCUUGAAGAUGCACAACAAACUAAACACCUCAAGAGCAGCAUACAUCGGAUAGAGAAAGAGAUUGAAGCAUUGGAGAGAGAGGAAAUGAACAUUUCAACAAAUGAGGGGCUGAUUCUAAAGAGGCUAAAAGCCAUUGAAAAGUCUCCAGAGGAUAUCAUUAAGGCAGCAAAUGCAGAUUUCAUAUCAGAGCCGAUCUAUAUUUAUUCAACAAUUCCAAAUAUGCUAAAGCCCAGCAAACCCCUAUUAAAGCAGAGGAAAAAACAAGACCUGGAAACUGAAGCAAAAACUGACCAAACCAAACCUGCUUUGUUCGCCAUGGAAAUUAAUGUCCAGAAGGACUUGCGCACAGGUGAAAGCCAAGUUCUCUCCACCUCCACCAUUUCUCCCCAAGAGCUCCAGCAGAAAGGCAUCAAAGUCUACGACGAUGGCCGGAAGUCCGUCUACGCCCUGCGUACAGACACCCACCAGCCAGGUGCGAAUGGAGUGGAUGAACUUAGUCCCGUGGAGGUCGAAGAGCUGCUGAGGCAGGCCUCUGAAAAAAAGAAGAGGUCCAAUCAGGCUCAGAUGGACCCUUCAUAUCCCUACAACCUCUCCCAUGAAUUACAAACAGCCACUGAAAACAGGGAGAGCAAUGAAUCCAAUGGAUACCAAGAUCCCUACAGCAUUGACUUAUCGGCAUGGCCUGAGCUUGUGUACAAUGAUGGCGUGUGCUAUCCAGAGGACGCGGGUCAAGGACUUCCUCUCCUGCCAAUCCCUAAUUACAGUGACAGACCAGACGAAUACUAUCACAACAGCCGUGAGCUACACAGAGGGGAAAGACAUGCACAUGGACAGUAUUACAACCGAAGAGAGAACCAUCGGGGAAUGCGGCAUUUGGAUUGUGACAUCACAAAACACAGCCCGUGUUCAGCCUACUCGGAGGACUCCAAACUCAGCGUACUGAACGCCAUGCCAUCGGACGAACCCGUCACCAUGAUCUUCAUGGGCUACCAGAAUGCUGAAGAUGACAGCCAGAGCUAUGACGGCUCAGUUCGGGCAGAGUUGGUGAUUGUUGGAGAUGGUGAAGAUGAAGCGAGCAAGAGCUUCAACCCCCAUCAGAACUGCAAUGCCAACAAUGCCUUACCCUACUCUGCUGGACGGAAGGGCAAGAGAGACGGCACGGAAGACCCGUCAGCUACAGCAUUACAGAUACAGAUGGAGAAACUGGGCCAAACUGCAUAAUACACACAUUUGGUGGCACUCACACUCUGGGAACUCUGAGACUCUUGCACGAAUUCUCCAAAGCGGCCAGCGAAACGAGGAACGUGAAUCCACAUUUUGGCGGAGUCUUUUGAAAUUGAAAUGAGGAUGCAUGUGCUAUUAACACUUUUCAAGAAAACAUUUCACAAAAAUAAGUUUGUUAAAUUCGAACUCUAAUUGUUUUAUGCUGCUGUCAAUUUUAUUUAUUCCCACACAUAAUUUAAAUUCAAUUUUAAUGACAAUAAUGCUUGACAGAAAUACUACACACAUAUCUGCUGUAAACUGUGACACCAUCUAUAGUUUGAAAGGACAUGCCAGUAAACUCUAUAGCUAUGUGUCAUUUUGAAGGCUCUGCCUUAUAGAGGUUGCGUUUGUUGGCCACAUACCUCAUUCAAAAAAAUUAACCAUUUAAAAUGUACUGUUAUUCCUUGUGAGGCAUAAAUAACUGUAAUGUCUUUCAUACUCUGCAAUGUAAUGCUACUAAUACUUUCCCUAAAUGAGAUGGCCUAAAUGACGUAUUCGGCUGACACAUGUGAAAUCAGGAGCUUUUGAAUUGAGAGA